AUGUUUGAAGAAAUUAAUCAUGAUAAUGAAUCAUUAAUUGAAUUAUUUAAAAGGAUUGAAAAAAUUGAAACUAAAUUCAAACAAACAAAGAAAUCAUAUGGUAAAGAUAAAAAUUUUGGAUUAGAUCAAGAUUAUAAAACAACAGAGAGAUUAGAUGUUAUCAUUCAUCAUAAUAAAGAAAGAUUUUUAGAGAAACAACCAAAUUCAACCAUAAAAUCAAUUCAUAAGAAUGAUGACAAUAAAAAUGGUGAUGGUGGUGGUGGUGCAACCACAUCAUUAGUAAUAGGUCAACAUAGUAAUCUUCAAUAUAGUUCAAUUUAUGCGAGUAGAUUAGAGAAAUUAAAUCCAAUAUUAGUAGAAAAUGUUGAAUCUAAAUAUCCAGGUAUACCAACUCAAAAGAUUUUACAUAUGAAACCAGGUGAUGAAUGUAUUAUGAUUGGUACUUUAUAUAAAGAAAUGGAAUUAAAACCAAAUAUUUUAAAAGCAUAUGCUCAAGAUAGAGCAAUGUUACCAAUACCAGAUAAUAGAGAAUCAUUUAUUGGUGAAAAAGAUAAAUUAUUUUUUGAAGAUAAUACAGGUAGAGUUAAAUUAAUUGGUAGUAAAGAGAUGGUUGAUAGUUUAGUUACAGGUUUAAAUGUUGCAAUAUUAGGGAAAGGUUUACCAGAUGCAGAAUUUGAAGUUAGGGAUAUAGUUUUCCCAGGCAUACCACCACAACCACAUUCAAGAGAUUUAGAGUCAUUGAAAGAUGAUGCAUACAUUUGUUUAAUUUCAGGUUUAAAUGUUGGUGAUGCAAAUAAUAUAUUUCAAACUCAAUUACUUAUGGAUUAUCUACAAGGUAAUCUAGUUGAUAAUGGUAGUGACUUACUUGGAAAGAUUUGUAAGGUAUUGUUCGUUGGUAAUUCAAUUCAUAAAGAGAAUGAACCAAUUGAAGCAUUUGUUAGAUAUAGUUCCAAAUCGGAAAUACAGGCAAAACAAGCAAAAAAAGCAAUACCAAUUAAAGAUUUAGAUGGAUUUUUAUGUGAACUUUGUCAAACGGUUCCAGUGGAUAUCAUACCUGGUCCAAAUGAUCCCACCAAUAUUUCAUUACCCCAAUUACCUUUGAAUAGUUGUUUAUUCCCAUUCUCAAUUCAAAAUACAAAUUUAACAACUUGCACCAACCCAUAUCAAUCACAAAUCGGUGGUAGAUUAUUGUUGGGUACAAGUGGUCAAAAUAUUGAAAAUGCUUCACGUUAUAUGACAUAUGAAAAUAAAAUGUCAUUAACAGAGUCAACUUUAAUUUGGAGACAUUUAGCACCGACUGCUCCAGAUACUCUAACUUGUGCAGCUUUAGAUAAUGAUCCAUUCGUAAUUGAACAAUGUCCUGAUAUUUACUUUGUUGGUAAUCAAGAUCAUUUUGAAACUAAACUUUUAAAAGGUCCAAAUGAUGAAAUCGUUCGUUUAAUUUUCAUUCCAAAUUUCUCUGAAACAAAUACAAUCAUUUUAGUAAAUUUAAAAACUUUAGAUACAUUCCCAAUUCAUUUUAAUACAACUUCUUUUUUUCCACAAUCACCAUCAACUGAACAAUAA